GCCCUCAGUGUGGUGGCAACCUCGCGCUGUUUCGCACAGCACGUUGCCCGACCGAACGCACGCAACUAACGGAUCACGGAUUCCAAAUACGAAAUUUUUAUUUUUAUUUUUAAAUAAAAACUUUUUUCAUUUCUUUUCUUUUCUAUACGAACGCCAUUUAAUAACGUUCGAUAUUUAAUUUAAACUUUUGAAUUAGAAAUUGUUUUUUUCUAAAAAAGUUAACUUUCGGUAUGUGUUGUUUUUGAUUACGAUUUGUAAUUAAGAAAAAGUUGUGUUGUUUAAUAUUUUGAUUUGUAAAUAAGUGUUUGUGGUGAUCAAAAUGGCGAAAGCUAUGGCAGUGCUUCAAGGGUUGGGCCACAAAGUAAGUGGCAAGGAACAGGAAUGCCGCACGUUGCAAGUCAACAUGCCAUCUCCGAGGCCUGUUGACAUAGAAUUUAACAACAUCACGCUACAAGUCUCGGAGGGACUGACCUCAAGAAAAAAAAAGACGAUUCUAAAAGGUGUAUCUGGGCUAUUUAAGUCCGGUCAACUGACUGCCAUAAUGGGUCCUUCGGGCGCCGGUAAAUCUUCCCUCAUGAACGCAUUAACAGGAUUCUCGACUAAGGGCGUCACUGGGAGUAUACGUGCAGGAGACAGUAUUUGUGAAUUAAAGCCUAAAGGCUCACUUAGUUCCCUUAAAGAAUAUAGGAAGAAAUCUUGUUACAUACUACAGGAUGACCGAUUAAAUCCAUUGUUUACUGUGGCUGAGCUGAUGAAGUUCGCAGCUGACAUGAAGCUAGGUGACACCUUAACGGACAAAUUGAAGCUAAGCGUCAUAAACGAAAUAAUUAAUACACUAGGCUUAUCAGGAUCAGAAAACACGAGGUGCGCGAGUCUCUCUGGUGGACAGAAGAAACGGUUAUCGAUAGCGGUGGAACUGAUUGACAACCCUCCCGUGCUUUUCUUAGAUGAACCUACUACAGGCUUAGACAGCAGCACAUCAGCGCAGUGCAUGCAACUUCUAAAGAACUUAGCAAGCAAUGGACGCACGAUAGUCUGCACUAUUCACCAACCUCCUGCAUCCGUAUACUCGCUAUUUGAUCAGGUAUACAUGCUUGCAGAUGGCAUGUGUAUUUAUCACGGAGCCAGUGAGAACACUGUCCCUUACCUGGCAUCAGUGGGGCUUCAGUGCCCGAUGUACCACAAUCCUGCUGAUUACAUUCUAGAAAUUGCUACCGGAGAGUAUGGAAAAUUCAACGAGUUCUUAGCGGAAAAGUGUUCGAACCAUAUAUGGGCGGAGAAACCAGCUAUCCUGCCAGUACCCGACAGAAUCAGCGAAGUGAUAUCUUUAGGAAAAACAUCAGUUAUCAUCAAUCCACCUCACGAAUUGUAUAAAUUUGGAAAACUAUUCAGGCGGUGCGUCUUACAACAGUAUAGAGAUUGGACUGUGUCACACCUCAAACUGUUCAUGCACAUGGUCAUUGGUGUGCUCCUCGGCUUGCUCUACGAAAAAGCUGGUAGUGAUGGAUCCAAGACUGUCAGCAAUCUCAGUUUCCUAUUGGUCAGCACUGUAUACCUUUGCUACACGUCACUCAUGCCUGCUGUAUUGAAAAUACCAACCGAGAUGUCAGUUUUGAAGAAAGAGAACUUCAAUAACUGGUACAAUCUCAAAACGUACUACGCAGCGCUGCUCGUCACCGGCAUGCCAUUGCAGAUCAUCUACAGUUUCGUGUAUUCAGUACCGUCGUACUUCCUAUCUGGGCAACCGGCAGAACCGUACCGGUUCGUCAUGUUUGUCAUAGCACUCGCCAACGUGGCACUCCUUGCUGAAGCCAUGGGCAACGUCAUCGGAACAUGCUUCAACCCUGUGAAUGGAACCUUCCUAGGAGCGAUAUGGACGUGUGCAAUGAUCGUAUAUGCAGGGUACUUGGUCCUUCUAGCACAUAUGAACACAGUCAUGCGAGCUGUAUCACAUGCUUCGUUCCUAAGAUACGCAUUUGAAGCUCUAGUAUUGGCCAUCUACUCCAAUGGACGUCAGCCUUUAAACUGUCCUGAGGAUGUCACGUAUUGUCAUUUGAAGCAUCCGAAGACUGUCAUCAACGAGUUCAGUCUCAAGCCGGACAACUACUGGGUCGACAUCUGCAUUCUAGUGGGAGAACUCGUCUUCAUCAGGAUAUUAGCUUACUUCACAUUGAAGAGAAGCGUCAAGGCGUCUACCUAAGUCAAAUAAUUAUAUUAUACCAUAUUACUAGGGACUUUACAGUUCUUUUGGUGUUUGAUCAAUAAUGCAAUGGUAAUAUACCGGUUCUUUUAAUACCAUACAUGAUGUUAAAUGUAAAUAGACUAAUUUACAAUACAACAAAGUAUGAAGUACUUUGGUACUACAGCACUACAAAGUGUCCUUAGUUCUUUAAACCCAGAGACAGAAUAACACGUGUAGCCUUUAUGCCGCCGGAAACAAAGUUGAAACUCGUUUAACCGGGUGCCUAUAAUUAUGAAAUUAAUUUAAUUUAAAGUUGGUCCUUUGAGUUUCACUUCGAAUAUAAGGACCAAUUUUUUGGACACCUAUUUUUAGUAAUAUGUAAGAAUAUUGUUCAAACAGUAUGUGAUAAAAUAUAUUUGUACGAAUAUUAUCUACAUUACGACUGAUUUAAAAAAAAUAGACGUGCAAUUGCCUAGCACGUACUUAAGCCUAUAAAUAAAAUGCUAAAGGGCCUACUUGGUAUGAGUCUCAGCAAGCGGUCUCGAAAGAUAUUGUUUUAAGGGUGGGAAACUCUAGCCUAAUAGUUAAAGGCUAUAAUAAUUCUAUUGCCUUUUCUUAUACAUAAUUAUAGCAUUAUAUUCUUGUUAGGCAAAAAACAAAGCCUAUUUAUUACCUACACGGUUCAUUGGUGUUUCUAUACGAAAUAAUUGCCAUAGGUCACCAAUAUUAUAUAAAUAGGUAGGUAGUACUAUUAUUUAAUUAGACACUUUUAUUUAAACAUUUGUUUCAAAACAGCUGUGCAGACAUUGUAAUUGCCUUAAAUAAUAUCGUAAGUCAUUUUAGGGUUAUUGGCGAAGUGGGAUUAUUAUGGAAGGAAAUAAUAAAUAAGUAAUUAUUUUUAUUAAAGCAUUUAUUGACUUGUAACAAAGGGGCCUUCGGUCCGCGUUUUGGUCCUUUGUGUAAUGUAAUAAGGUAGAUAUUUAUGGAUGUAUUAAGACAAAAAUCUUUAGGCAGCAGCACUUACAAAAAGUAUAGAAAACAGUUCAUUAAAGAACAUAAUUAUUUUUAUUUGGUAACCUAAAGAUUUCGAAAUUAAAAUUGAACAGAGUUUUCAAUUUUCAUAUGUAGCUAUAAGUAAAUAAUUAAAUAUAAAAAGGUGUGAUUAAAUGGAUCUGGUUAGUGUUAAGUAGUAAGUAUUAAUUUAUAAGUAACUAGUUACCACUACAUUGUCAUAAUAUAAUAUGAACAAGUUGUAACUCCUGUGAUAAGUUCUCUUUUAGAAUAUAAGUACGUGUUAGUACUUAAAUAAUGGCUCUCCAAGUGAAUUUCAAAUGUUUUUGUAAACGCUAAUGCGGAGGGAAAAUAAUAUUUAUUGAGUAGGUACCUAUGUUUGUAAUAACACCUUAUUACUUGGUACUAAAGACUAAAGUACCUUAGAAUUUAAUCUUACCUACUAAAUGUUACCAACAAUUAUUAUGUUUCGUAUGUGCCCACAAAAUCUGUAAAUAGAUACAUAUUGUAAAACAAUUAAAAGUUCAUUUGUAUUCACUACAUUUACAGUAGGGUAUUAAAAAGUCACAAUAAUCAAUAAUAUAAAUAUUUAUAAUGUAACUUUCGUGAGACAGACUUAAUUAAUUAUUAUGUUUUUCGACUUACGCAACUGUUAUAACAGGAACUCGACUAGUUUCAAGUGCAAUACUACUCAUGAAUAUGAGCCUCUAAAAUGACUUGAAACUAGUCGAGUUUCUCGUCAAACAGUUACGUGAGUAAACCGAAAAACAUAAUAAUUAAUAUAAAUAUUUUUGUAUGUAGGCAAAUCAUAGGUAUGGUUUAAAUGUGAAAACAAUGUGUUUAUUAUUAAGACAAAAAUUAAAAUAAUGAAUGACUAAUAACUGAA